UUUGGGUCCACUGGUUGCAAAGUCACACUCCAUCUCUUUCCUGUACAGCUAGACGAGACAACACUUCUGAAGGACUGAUCGAAAAACGCAGCCAUGAACGGCACAGAGGGCCCUAAUUUCUACGUCCCUAUGUCCAAUAUCACUGGAGUGGUGAGGAGCCCCUUCGAAUACCCACAGUACUACCUAGCCGAACCAUGGGCCUACACGAUCCUGGCUGCCUACAUGUUCACGCUGAUUCUCCUGGGCUUCCCCAUCAACUUUCUCACUCUCUACGUCACCAUCGAGCACAAGAAGCUGAGGACCCCCUUAAAUUACAUCCUUCUCAACCUGGCUGUGGCCAAUCUUUUCAUGGUCUUCGGCGGCUUCACCACUACGAUGUACACGUCGAUGCAUGGCUACUUUGUCUUCGGUGAAACAGGCUGCAACCUAGAAGGAUACUUUGCUACCCUCGGCGGUGAAAUUUCGCUCUGGUGUCUGGUUGUCCUGGCUAUCGAGAGGUGGGUGGUCGUCUGCAAGCCAAUGAGCAACUUCCGAUUUGGUGAGAACCACGCCAUCAUGGGCUUGGCAUUUACCUGGAUCAUGGCCAAUUCUUGUGCUAUGCCUCCUCUGUUUGGAUGGUCCAGGUACAUCCCAGAAGGCAUGCAGUGUUCAUGCGGGGUUGACUAUUACACCCUCAAGCCUGAAGUCAACAAUGAGUCUUUCGUCAUCUACAUGUUCAUAGUUCACUUCUCCAUCCCCCUCACCAUUAUCUCCUUCUGCUACGGCCGACUGGUGUGCACCGUCAAGGAGGCUGCCGCCCAGCAGCAGGAGUCCGAGACUACCCAGAGGGCAGAGCGGGAGGUCACCCGCAUGGUAGUCAUCAUGGUCAUCGCCUUCCUGGUCUGCUGGAUCCCCUAUGCCAGCGUGGCCUGGUACAUCUUCACCCACCAGGGAAGCACAUUUGGGCCUGUCUUCAUGACAGUACCCUCCUUCUUUGCCAAGAGCUCGGCAAUCUACAACCCCCUGAUCUACAUCUGCCUGAACAGUCAGUUCCGCAACUGCAUGAUCACCACCUUGUUCUGCGGGAAGAAUCCCUUUCAGGAGGAAGAGGGAGCAUCCACCACUGCCUCCAAGACCGAGGCCUCCUCAGUGUCCUCUGUGUCUCCCGCAUAAGGCGCCGACCCACCACAAACCCCACCCCUGUGUGGGGUCCAAGAAGACCCACUGUUUACGAACCAGACCUCUGCUGUUGGCACUAACUGACAACUUUUCUGUAUGUUUUUUUUAAAUUAUUAUUGUUUAUUUGUUUCAGGGCAGUUGGUCAACCAGAAAUACAGUUGUAGGGGCACUUGCGUCCCAUGCCAUUUCUGUAUGUGCAGUACAUGAAACGUAAUCAUACAUAUGAGAAGUAUGAGAGGUUUUUUAGAAAAAAUAUGUCAACUGGGAUGUACCUGACCAGCCUAAAUGCAACAGUAGAUGCAUGUAAUGUAUGCAAUUUAAAAAUAAAACGCACUUGAUGAAAUUUA